AUGACCUCAAAUUGGGCCUGCUUUCGUCUUCCCGAAGUAGCCGCCGAUGAAUUACCUCAGCUGCCCUCCCAGGGCAAUCCAGAGUCAGGGCAAGCCACUCUGGAUUGCCCCAUUGGGAAAAUGAUUAUUGGUGCAUUAGGCAAGGCGUCCUUUCGGCUGAUCUUUCCGUCCAGCGCAGAAGCCCAGAUGGUUGCGAUAGUCGCCACAUUGUAUACUUGCGCACCGCUGAGAACAGCCCUAGCGACAAGUUGCGGACCGCCCACAGGGGCGUAUGGGAGGGGAGAUAUGCUUGCUCCUGCAGCCUUACCCGAGACUGGCCACCAGCACCUCGGUGGGGGAGGGAUCGUCGAGAUGCCCUCGACAGAAUUCUCUGUAGCCGCGGGACGCGCUGUGUGGUCGCCAUGCUGGGUGGCUCUAGGUUGCCUGCCGGGAGAAUAUUUGGUGUCUGCUGAGUAUCGAGCGUGGGGGGCUGGGAGUCUAGACAACGGCGAACCCCCUUUUUCCUAUCAGACUAUUCACAAAUAUGCCUUGAGGGGCGCGGUGGUAGUUCUGGUGUUGGUGGCCAUGAUAGGUUCUCGUUGGUUCCGUCCCAAGCCGAAAGAGGGUGUCCUCAGGGAGGCAGCAGCCAGCUUGUGGCCUAGCCGCGGACACAAUUGAGUUGGCCUCGUG